AUGGCUUCCGACGCCAUGUCGGUACAGGACCGUCAACAUGAGCUCCUGGCACUCCCACUGUCCGACAGGAGAGAACUGGCGUCCGCACUCCUGUGGUCGCUUCCCCGCGAUGAGAUCAUUACACUACAUGCGCGCUUGUCUCAAAUGAUGCAGAAGGAUAUCGUCGGCUUUCUACCCCCAGAGAUAUCCAUUCGCAUUCUGAAGCACCUGGACCCGGACGACUUGCUCCGGUGCAAGAGCGUCAGCCGUUACUGGUCGCGUCUGUGUGACGAUCAAGCUAUCUGGCAUAUGCUGUGUCGAACACACGAGCCACCCAUCAUGCCUGCACACACGACUUGGCAUGACCUCACAUUGCACCGCCAGCUCUUGCAUUCGGGGGCCAAACCUCCACGGGCUCCUUCAGACGAGAGCUUUGAAUACACGUCCGACGACGACAUGCCUUUCAUGCUCCGCCAACCUAGGCAAAUGACACCGGGGUCGGCCCCCAUGACACCGCCGCGUGCUGGUCUGCGGCGAGUUGUGUGGGAGCGUCCCCUCGGCGGCCUUCCAACAUACCAGCGAUCUGCAGUGUCUUCCCCGGCGCCCGCACCGACCAUUGACUCUUCGCUGGACCCACCAGUGCUUUCCCACCUCCACCUCCCCACUGUCCUGCCCAAGGUCAACUACAAGCACCUCUACCUCACACGGCGCAUCCUCGCGAGACGAAUGACGCAGACUCGUCCCAUGGCUCUCGAGGCAUCGUCCAGUUCACGGCGCGGUAUCUGGAAUCCUCGCGUCACGAUCCUGACGUCGGGCUCAUCAACUUUGGCUGGCGGUCUCCCCGGCCAUGUCGAGAGCAUCUACUCGCUCCACCUCUUCCAGCAUCACAUGAAGGUGACGCUCGCUGUCACCGACACGGACGAGCUGUGUCACAGCAUGCGAGCCCCUUGGCCCGACUCGCCCCCAGAUAUCUUGGGCACACCUGUGUCGUCUUCGUGGCCAGGUCUCGGCGUCCAUGUGGGCAGGAACAAUGAGUCGAUCGAGAUAUCGCCUACCGUCGUCAGUGGUCGGGACUGGCUUCUAUCGGGAUCCAGGGACAAGACACUGCGUCUGUGGCAAAUUGGCGUGCCGUCACCGCGCGUGGUGAAAGUGUUCUCUGGCGGUCAUACCGGUUCUAUCUUGUGCCACUUUGUGGCCGAGAUUCCAGUCACACCGCCCAGCACACCGCGGGGUUGGUCACCCUUGCGGUCGCCGGGCAGCCCCACAAGUGGCCCUGCCAAGCGCCUGGUGGCCAUCUCUGGCGCAAGUGACGGCCGCAUCUGCCUGUGGGACAUUGAACAUGGCGACGGUACACCUGAAAAGGUGAUUGAGGCACACACCGACUCGGUCCUGUUUGUGCGCGGCGACGACGAGCACAUUGUCAGCUGCUCCAAGGACCGCACCAUCCGGCUCUUUGACAUUCGAACGCUCAAGCAACUGCUCAUCAUUGAGCAGCCGCUCUCGGAUGGAGGCCACCGAGGUGCUAUCAAUGCUGUCGCACUCACCAAGGACUUUAUCGUCUCGGCAUCGGGCGACCGCUCCCUGCGUAUCUGGAGUAUUAAGGACGGCAAGCUGCUCGCCACGGUCGACGCCCAUGGGCGUGGUAUCUCGUGUAUGAGCCUGGAGCCCAGCGACAGCACCACAUCCGGCUGGGUACAAGAGAUCCCGGGCUCAGUCCUGCGCGGCACCGUUGUGACUGGCUCGUCGGACAUGUCCAUCAAGACUUUUUACAUUGUCCAGGUCCCCAGCAACACACCCAUUGACAACCUGACCUUCCGCGACAUGCUCGACCUGGACCUCGACAGCGACAUGGAUGACGAAACGCGGCCGCGCUUCAUCAUCCAGCCUGGCGUGGACUAUGUCGCCGAAUGCCAGUGUCCCAUGCCGUCGACACGCGCCUCGUCGACUGCAGGCUGCCUCCGAUGCCUGAACAGGGGCCACACCGACUUGGUGCGCAGCCUCCACAUUGGCGAGACGGUCACCCUCAGCGCGAGCUACGAUUCUACCAUUAAAAUGUGGAACAGGCGCGACGGCAAGCUCAUUGCCAACUUUGAAGGCUUCCAUUCUGGCCGUGUAUUCGCUAUUACGGGCGACCGCGUGCGUGUAGUCUCGUCGGGGCUGGACGCACGUAUCGCCCUUGUCGACUUUUCCGAGGGGCUCGACACUGCAUUCAUAUAA